AUGGCGGCUGCAUCAGGAAAACUUGGCCAAAAACUCAUCGCAAUUGCUGAUACAUGGGUCGUAGAUCCUUUUCGGCCAAAUCUCCAGCUUCAAACAUUUUUGAAAUCGCUGGCGACACACCCCAAGUUGACUCCGCAAGCAGUGAACGCGACGCGUGCAUUGAGGGAUAACGCGAUGCAAAAAAGGUAUCCUCUUUCGAAGAAGAUGCUACAACCCACUUCGAUGCCGUUGCAUUAUGAUCGCCUUGUGGAAGGCUUUGAAAAGAGUGCUCAGGGAAUUGGUAGGCCGUGGUGGAAAGUAUUCUUCGGAAUAUGGUAG